AUGUAAUUUAUUCCAUUCUCACCUUUGAUCGAUAUUGGAUUUUGGUCAUAAUUAUCAAAAAAUAAGAUUGAGAUUUACAAAUUAGAUGAUGGUGAAAGAUCUUUGCUAGUAAAAACAAAGAUAAAUCCAUAUCAAGAGAAAACUUCAUAAUUAUAUUUGGAUAUAUAUGCUUUCCAAGAUGAGAUAACAUUAAACAAAUCUGGUCCUUUUGAAAUUUAUUCAAGAAUUUAAUUCUAAAACUACAACACAAUAGAGACCUAUUAAGAAUUUGAUCAUUUGAAUUAUGUGCAAUUAACUUUUAAAAAAAUGAUUGAAUCAUUUUCUAAAGAUGAGAAGCCAAAUCUAUUUCAAGGAAGAAUGAGCAUCUUUGCAGAUUUAAAGAAAUAUUUAUUUUACUAUAAGUUAGUUGUUCCCUAAUUUUAAAUUGAAAACAUAUAGAAUAUCAUUUAAAAAAGUCUUACAGAUUAUUUAGGUGAUCAAAUGUAAUUAUUUUAAUAGUAAUUAUCUCUUAUAAUUCAAUAAUAAUAAAAAGAGAUAUCUAAUACUUCAUUUGUCAUAUUAAGAAAAGAGAAUUUAUAAUAUGUACAAUUUGAUGAAUAUUAAAAAAAUAAAUAAGAUGUAAUAUUCUUGUAUUUCGAUUCAUAUAAUUAAUCAUAAUUGAAUGGUUAAUUUAAUAAUUUUAUAGCUUAUUUGAUAACAAAUAAUUCUAUAAAAGAUUAACUUAAUAAUAUUAAUAUAAUAGUAAUAAAAGAUGCAUUGACAAUUAAUAAGAAUCAAUUUUCUUUGAAAAAUUCUAUUUAUUUAGAGUUAAAUCUAUCUGAAUCUAAAAUAGUUGAAUAAAAUGGAUAAUAUAAAGCUUUCAAUAUUGAAGGUUAUCUUUAAGAAAAGAAAAUAGAUUUGAAAUCAUUUAUGGAUGAAUAAUCGUAUUAAAAUAUUUAUUAUUAUUAUUUAGUUUAGCUAGAGAAGCUGUAGAUUUGAAUAUUAAAUUAAUGAAGUGGAGAUUAUUGCCUGAAUUAGAUUUAGAAAAAGUUUAAACAUAGAAAGUUCUAUUAAUUGGAGCAGGGACAUUAGGAUGUUAAUUAGCAAGAAAUCUUAUUGGAUGGGGAAUAAGAAAAAUAACAUUUGUAGAUUAUGGGAAGAUAUCUUAUAGUAAUCCUGUUAGAUAAAGUUUAUAUGAUUUUGAAGAUUCAACAAAAGGAGGAAGACCAAAAGCUGAAGUGGCUGCUGAAAAAUUAAAGAAAAUCUUUCCUGAUAUUGAAAGUGAAGGAUAUUAACUUUAAAUUCCUAUGCCUGGUCAUUUUGUAACAGAAUUAUAAGUUUAAUAAACAUUAGAAUCAUUUUAUAAAUUAAGUGAAUUAGUAAGUACUCAUGAUGCUGUAUUUUUAUUAACAGAUUCAAGGGAAUCUAGAUGGUUACCAACUGUAUUAAGUAAUGCUUAUGGAAAGAUGUGUUUUUCUGUUGCUUUAGGAUUUGAUUCAUUUUUGAUAAUAAGACAUGGUAUUUCAUUAAAAAAAUAUAAUCCUGAAAUUCAUGGUGAAAGAUUAGCUUGUUAUUUUUGUAAUGAUAUUUCAUCUCCUGGUAAUUCAAUGAAGGAUAGAACUUUAGAUUAAUAAUGUACAGUUACUCGUCCUGGUUUAUCAUUUUUGGCUUCAGCUUAUUCAUCAGAAUUAUUUGUUAGUUUGAUUCAUAGUCCAUUAUUAGAUGGUACUCCAGCAUCUGAUAAUACAGAAUAAUUAUAAUAAACAGAUUUAGGAAUAUUACCACAUUUUUUAAGAGGUUAAUUAUCAGAUUUUGAAGUUAGAUUAUUUUAUGGAAGAGCAUUUAAACAGUAUUAAUAAAAUUAAAAUUUAGUUGUGUAGCAUGUUCUUAAUAAAUUUUAGAUGCUUUAGAGAAGAAUCCAUAAUAAUUUUUAUUGGAAGCAUUGAAUCGACCUGAUGUUCUAUAAGAUAUUUCAGGAAUAACUGAAGAAUUGACUUAAAAUAAAUAAGAGAUUCAUGAAAUUUAAGAUAUUGAUGGAGAUGAUGAAUGCUCUGUUUUAUAGAUAAUUUCAUGAAA